GAGCGAGGCGUGACCCAGCUGACGGGCGCCGCGCGGAGCCGGGCGGGCGCGGAGCCGGGGAGCAGCGCGCGCGCGGCGGCGGUCGCUGAGGCUCGGCGUCCCCUACACCCCCCCGUGAGCCUGGGGAACCUGCAGCUGAAAGCCGCCGCCAGCCACAGCACCAUGUACCCCGGCAACAAGCGGAAAAAGCUCUGGAGGGAGGAGAAAGAACGUUUGCUGAAGAUGACCUUGGAAGAAAGACGCAAAGAGUACUUAAGGGACUAUGUUCCACUGAAAGAUAUUCCAACAUGGAUGGAAGAAAUGAGAAGCAAGAAUGAGAGUGAUGGUGACAAUGCUAAAGAAGAUGUGCAGGGGAAGAGAAGUCUGAGCGAGAAAGUGUCUCUGUACAGAGGUGACAUCACGCUGCUCGAGGUUGAUGCCAUUGUCAAUGCAGCUAAUUCCAGCCUUCUUGGAGGUGGAGGAGUGGAUGGCUGCAUACACAGAGCUGCUGGGCCCUGCUUGCUUGCUGAAUGCCGCAACCUGAGUGGCUGUGAGACUGGACAAGCAAAAAUUACGUGUGGAUAUGACCUACCUGCAAAAUAUGUGAUCCAUACAGUUGGGCCGAUAGCGAGAGGGCAUAUCACUGAUACUCAUAAAGAAAACUUGGCAAGUUGCUAUAAAUCCUCUCUGAAACUGGCAAAAGAAAACAGCAUCAGAUCACUUGCAUUCCCCUGCAUUUCGACGGGAAUUUAUGGUUUUCCAAAUGAGCCUGCUGCUGCCAUUGCCCUUAGCACUACUAAGGAAUGGUUAAGCAAGAAUCACAAUGAGGUGGAUCGUAUCAUCUUCUGCGCCUUUUUGGAGGUUGACUACAAAAUUUUCAAGAAGAAAAUGGGCGAGUUUUUCCCUAUAGAUGACAACGAAGAGACUGAGAUAAGUGAAGAGACAGAAGGAUUGGAACAAAAAGGCCAGCCUCUGUCUCCCACAAAGUGCAAAGCAGAGCAUGCUGAAGACCUGCAAGAUGAUGCUGAAGGUGGGAACGGCGGAGAGGAGAAGCAAAACAUUGAAGAAACCGAAGGCCCAGGCCAGGAAGCAGAUGAGACAAAACCUUCAGCUGUAGCCAGCCUAUCAUCAUCAGAAGAAGCAAAACCAAGUGAGGAUAAAGACUCCCUGAAAGACUCCAAAGGCACGUGGGAGAGUGACCCAGCGCAUCCUAUGGUGUGUGAGCAAGCCCAAGCCCAAGGACAACAGGAUGAUGCUGCAGAGGAGGAGAUGAAAACCGGGGCAGAUUCCCAAAGCUCCUGCAUGGAAAUAGAAGAGCCAUUGUUGAACCAAGAAGACACAACAGAAGAUGAGAAACCUUUGAUUCCCAGUGCGGAGGAAAAAGAAAAAGAAGGAGGAGGAGGAGUACAAGAGGAAGAAGGAGGGAUGCAAGACGAAGAGGAAACUUCUGCAGAGCCUAUGAAGGUUGAACACGUGUGUGAAGCAGCAGAAGCUUCAAGUAAUGACGCUGAAAUGGAUAGUCAAGUUGAAAGUAUAAAGGAUCCCACGGAAACUGUGCCGGAAGCUUAACUAAUAGAAGGAUGCAGGAGACAAGAGACCCGACAAAACCCAAAGGGCAGGCGCUGACAUCCUAUGGCAUCAUUCUUGGCAGAAAAGAGCACACGGAGGUGCUCGGUGGGUUGGGAGGGAGGGAGCUUCGGGGAAAUGACUCUUUGCUUUAAUUUCUCUUUGUUCUUCAUCACGUUUUGUUCUGUAAACCUGUUGGAAAGAAACACUGUUUCCCAGUUCUGAUGAUGGUUUGCAAUUAUUCCUGCAAUUACAACAGUUUCUUCUGAACGACGAGUCCCUGUGUUAUAUCGGGUCUCUUCCUCCUCCAUCCUAUUGUCAGCCUGUCUUCAGGUCUACCCCUUUUCUAGCAUCUCUAUCUUCCUGGUUCUGAUACUGUCUGCAGGCAACUUGUGGGAGCGCAUUUAUUCCCUGCCCCCCUCCCCUUUUUUUUAAACUGUUCCCUAGGAUACCAAUGGAGAUUUGCUUUGAGAACAUGAACUGCCACAAAGGAUUAUAAUCCACACGCACCAGUAAACAACAUCCCUCCUCGUGCUAGGGAUUUGAAAGAUGAGACGCUCCAAAAUCUCAGAUAUAUUGAUAGAGACUGCACGUUGCCCACCUCCAGGCUUGUCGAUCAGCAGCUCCUGGCAACUUGUCCUAAUGCAGAGCAGUCGGCACCUCCCAACCCAGUUGCUUGAAGUGUCACUGGCCAGACUCUGAGUGCGCGCCAUAGGCAGAGCCUGUGCAUUAACACUAUCAUCUCACUUACCUGCUGCCUCAGUGUUUCCCCUGCCUCUACUCUUUGCAAGCCCAAAGGACAUCUCUAGGGUGCAAUAAAGCUAAACCGUGACAAGCGUAUGCCAUGCCAUGCCCCUCCAUGGGCCUUGGGCACAAAUAGCACACAUGGCCUCAAACAGUCAGUACCCCAGAUCAAUCUGCCUCUUUCCCAGAGAGGUCUGUGCACAUCAAAAUCCAUGUGCCAUAAGUACAACCUUCACGUAGGGGCAGGCAACACGUUUCCUGGACUCUGCGAGCAAGGGAGGAUAGCAGGCAUUCUGCAUUUAAAACAUCUUUAAAUAUGGCUUCUGGCUUUAACAGCUUCACACUGUAUCUCGUGUGAGCCCUCGUUAUGUUUUCUACUGCAUAUGCACGAUUUUUAAAAUUUUUUUUUAAAAAAAGCAAUUAACAGCUAUUUGGAUAAGAAUGUCUCACCAUAUGUCAAUUGGUCUGCCAGCAAAUGCCGCACCGAAAUGUUUAGAAGAGGAACAAAAGGGUUUUACAUGUUUUAGCUGUGUUCUCAGCUACACAGUAAAUGAAAUUGGUAGAUGAUAUGCACGACGGAAGAGCGCACGGCCUGUCCCCAGGCUACAAACCAUAUUUGAAAAUGGCACUGAUAAUAAUUGGAUCCUUUUAACCAAAGCAGCUGUGGUGUCCCCUCUUUCCCCCUCCAGAAUAGGCACCAAUCCCAAAUGAGUUAUUUACUACUAAAAAACAAGGCAACCUAUUUUCCAAGAUGUGGAAGGAUAUCAAUCCUCCUGCAAUCUACGUUUAUCCCAGGUACAGGAGCUUUGGUGAUAAAUUCCCAACCAGCAUAACAGCGAGUAAACUGUCCCUAAGGAAUAUAGCAUUGGCUAUGGCAUUUGCUGGCUGCUGCAGGUUGAUUUGGAAGAGUGUCAAGACGAGUAAGGAUUAGAAAAGAAAGCAAUGAAAGCUCCAGAUUUCCCCAGGAGAGCAUGCAUGGCCCCUGGGAACGCUGCCUCCUUUCACCUUGUGUAUGGCUCCAGCACAUUCGCUUCUUGUGGUAUCUCUUGCGGAUGAGUAUUUCUGCGUGCCAGCUGCUGUGGCAUUUUGCACCAUAUGGAGGUCAUGUCAGAGAAGAUCUCAAGGAGAUUCUUCCUCGUACAGUUCUUCUGGAGAUCGGUGGAUACUUUCAGUUGGAUCAGCUUUAGAAGAAACAUGAUAAGCCUUUUAAUCUGUCUUAUACUCUUGCUAGUUUUCCUAGAGAGAUAACUACCUUCCAGCUCUACAUUUUGGACUUUAUUCCCUCUGAAGCCACUCUUCUGUUUUUAUUUCUCAUCCCUGUUAGCUUGCCAGAUGCAAAAAAUGCAUUUUCUGGGACAUGGAUAUUUCCCUGACGUUCCUUCACCUCACUUCCAGUAGAUUCCAGUUUUGUAGACAGUGGCUUUACAAAUAGUGCAUUUCCACGAUGCACAUCCCUUGCUGUGUGUCUUCUGUACUUGCUGAUUUUGAUUCAAACAGUCUGUCAUAACAGAAGGUGGAAGAGUGGGAGGAAGAGGAAUGAAAGCAUCAGGUCUCUCUCGCUGUAGUUCCCCUGUUAGGGCUGUCUCUGAAAAGACAAAGGGAUCCAUUUCUCUAGGAAUGUGAGGGAGCUGUCUCUGUACUGCAGGGGAUGGGUUAGGAAAGCUCAUCUUUGAGCUGCUCAAAAACACUGAGGACAACCUAGAUGGCCAAGUCCUCAGCUGGAGUAAACCAGCCUCAACACGUCCCUCAAGCAUUUGCCUUGGUUUUGGCAAGGAGGCUGGCCACAGAAGCACAAUUGUUUGGAGACAAAGGCUCCUCUAAGUCCUUCCAAAGACCAAAUGAUGUAAAGAACAAUAAUUAACUGCUAAAAUGCCUCAUGUUAGACACAAUAUUUAUAACCUCUGACAGUAAUUCCAUUGCACUUUUCAUUCAGCCUCAGUCCUUGAAUGGCAGCAAGCCUCUGAAGCUGGGAAAGAUUUCCCUGAAGACACAGCAGCGAGUGUGAGGCCAAGAAGUGUAGGAAGUGUUGAAUAAAUAAAUGUAUUGAUUAAAUCCUUACAGGGCCAUCUUCAGAGAGGUCUCUAUCUUUCUUCCAGUGGAUCUUCAUUUUGUUACGGCUUUUUUCAUUUUUCACUAGACAUAGAGUUGGGUGGUGCGAGUUCCUCAGUUGGGUUUGCUGGUUGCAGCUGGGCCCAUGCUCCUCAGUGCAGUCUCUGCCGAUGUGACAGGAGGUGUAGAAAGGUGGGAUCGGUUCUUGUAGAAGGACGAGUAUCAGACCCGGAAUCGCUCCACAGCAAUUUUUGACUUGAGUUUUGGUUUAAGGCUAGAAUUCCUUCCCUGGUACCUGGCACAGAGGGGAAGCCCCUCCUUGCUGGUUUCUGCAUACAAGGUAUCAGACUCUGCUUUAACAGUGCAACUUACAUUUCUGAAAGUGCUGGUCCCUGCUGUGAGGCUCACUAAUCCUGCAGCCAGUGACUGCUCCAAUGACGGGCGGGUUUCCUUCCAGGCCGACCUCCAAAGAAGAUGUCUGAGGCGUUGUCUGUAACACUGGGUCACACAUUCACCGCAGCUAAUUGCAAAUCUUUCUAUAAAGCACUGAAAAAGCCUCUUUGUGAAUUAACACUGUUCUGCUUUAUGCACUUGAUCAAAAGGAAAAAAAAAAAAAGACAUUUCUCUAUAUGCAGUGCAUGCCUGCUUUGCUUUCAAACCGACAAACUUAGCAGAGUAUGUCGGAUCUAUUUUCUCGGGGAAUAGGGGUUUUUAUCAUACAAUUCAUCUGGGAUUUGCCUUACCCUGACAUUUGUGAUAUAAAGGAAAAAGUUUUAAAAGAAGAAAAAGUAAUUUUCUUGAUCAAAAAUAUGUUUUUACUUAAAUGCAAAGAAAUGUAGACUGUUGCUUGCAAAAUGUCUUCUAAUAGAUGGUAUAACAGCUAUAUAGGCUAAUACACGCCUCUUUUGUUACUCUGUUGUUUAUGUGCCGAAUUCGCUUCUAGAAGUCUGUUGUUUUUCCUUUUGUCCAUGCCAUACAACAGAAAACUUAAGGAAUCGAUGCCUUCACACAUUUAUUUGUUUGUUAAAGCAAAACCUUAAUAAAACUUGUUCUGAAGACAA